UCGGGAUUCUAAGAAAACCGCAAAGGUCGCAGAGUGUAAAACAUUAUGGAUAUUAUAUUGCAUAUAUUUAAUUGCAUAUAUUUAAAAUAAAUUGCAUAUAUUUAAUUAUUUAAACUAUCUAAUCAAUAAAAUAUGGAUAUUAUAUUUCGCAAGCAACCGUGUUUUUAUAUUAAUUAUAUAGAAUCAUUAAAAAAAAUGGGAACGAAAUUGAGAAUUAAAGAGGAGUAAAGUGGAGGGAGAGGGGUUUUGUUGAAGCACGCUACUACAGUAGCUAACACAAUUCCGAUCUCUGCUUCUUAAUCAUAUCAUAGCUAUUAGUUAUUGGAUAAGAGAGUGACUGCAAAGUUUUAUUCAACGCCUGCUUCUGAACUUCACAAGAUGUCCGGAGCUACAUCUACAGCAUCCAAUAGUGGCCAAAAGCUAUCUAUAUUUGCUGCCAAAUCUGGAUUUGUCAUCCCCAAAAACAAACUAUCAGGAUCGUUGGUCCCUAUUUUUCGAGGGGCUAAAAAAGACGGGGUCACCAGUGUCGUCAAUGAAGAAAUUUCAAAACAAAUUGAGAGGAAAUCAAGAUGGGGGCCUGAUUUGACACAAGAUGCAUUUGUUAGGAAGGCAAAGGUUUUAGCUUUGCAGAUUCGAGUGGAUCAAAUUUCAAAGCAGUUGGAAUCAGAAAAUCCAGAGACAAGGGACACUCAGAACUUGCCAUUGGUGGAUGAAAACCCGGAUGAAAGCAAGCCUGGCUCACAAAUUAAUAGCAAGAAGUUAGAAAUGCUCGAACUUGAAAAGCGGGAAGCAAUAGGUGAAAUACUAAAACUAGAUCCCAGUUACAAGCCUCCACCUGGUUUUAAACCGUUGUUAAAAGAAGAUAGUGUUCCUUUGCCUGUCCAAGAAUAUCCCGGGUACAAAUUUAUCGGUCUAAUAUAUGGGCCUGAAGGUGAUAAUCAAAAGCGAUUAGAGAAGGAAACUGGUACCAAGAUAAAAGUUCAUGGAACCAAAGCAGACACAGGAGAGAAAGGUGAAAUUAAACCAGGUACUGAUAUCCAGUGCAGUUACAAAGAGAUGCAUGUUAACAUAUCAGCUGAUAGUUUUGAUAAAGUGGAUGCAGCAGUUUCCAUCAUUGAACUACUAAUUUCUUCUGUAACUGGAAAUUCAGCUGCUGGUUCCACUCCUUCUGUAUCUGUUUCUGGGGACGGCACUAAUGUUCUAAAUCAAAACCAAGACAGCCUCCCUUCUCAUGCAGUUUCUCUAUCUCUGGAAAACCAGACUGUGUUUGAACCAGCAGCCGAUACACAAAUGCCUGGACAACACUUUCAAUACUCUGGUCCAUGGUUUUCGGCAGUUCCAACUCAUACCCCUUUAUUUGCUUCUUCUGGCAGUGUAGUUCCUCCAAAUCCCCCAUUUCUUGCUAGAACUCCCCAUUUUCCAUCACAAACAAUGAGCGCUUCAAAUUUGAUUUCAACUUUUGGUGGUCAACCUGCACCUGUUGGUGGGUUCCACCCAAUUAUUCCAAAUCAACAAGUUUCUAUGCAAGCACCACUACCAACACAAAUUUUACAGCAUUCACAAUGGACUCAAACAACUCCUUUGGGUUACGUUGGGCCACCAAGAAAUCUUUCUGUAAUACCUGCACAGAAUUUGUCAGCACCAACAAAUGUUUCACUUUCAUUUCCAGUUUCUUUAAGCCAGCCAACUCCAAUCAGACAGCCUCAAACACCAGUAUCUAACCAGCCAUUGGCCCCUCACAGCAAUAUGGGGCCAAUGGCACCACCAGCGGUUACCCCUAUGGGAGCUGUUUCUCUAGGUCCACAACCAGAUGUUGAAUUUAAGCCAGCCCAGUCAAAUAUGUCGAUGAUGCCACGACCUGGUAGUAUUCAUCCACAUCAUGCAGGUAUGGCUCCUGGACCACAAUCAUCUUUGGGACCAAUACCAACACCUGUUCAUUCAACUGGAAACCAUUUAUCAGGAUUUGUUUCAUUUCCUUCGCCAGGAAUAUCUCCUUCACUUCCAUUAGCUCAGCAAUCAGGGAUACCUAAUUCUGCCUCUGGAGUUGCUUCUCAUUACACCAACGUAAAACCACCACUGACCUCCAUGCCCUCAAAUUCUGGAAAUUUUACUUUUCAAGGACAGCGGCCCAAUGCAGACUACUAUCAAGUGGUUUCCAGACCAAACAGUCAAGCUAUUACUCAUGUUGGUACACAAGAGCCACUGUCCGGUCCAUGGCCACCACCAUUUGGGCUUUCUGUGCCUGAUCAGCCUCUUCAAAGCUUUCUAAGGACGCAAGUCUCCAACUGGGUGGAUCAAAGUCAAGGUUAUGUCUCUGCUGCUCCUUUUGGAGGAAGAUCAGGUUCUGUCUCAAUUGCAUCCAGACACCCUGCAUUUCCCUAUGCUGGUCAACCUGCACCAAGAUCUCAAGUCCCACAAAUGGGUAUGAGGAGCUUCAUUACUGCCCCUCAAAUGCCAAACUUGCCAAGUCCUGGAUUCCAACGAGGUAUGCACAAUCGCCAAAGCUAUUCUGCUCAGGGAACAUGGCCAGAUAUUCCAAUGUCUCAGAAGUUUGGCAACAAUCCGUCCUUGGCUUCCGGUAAACCAGCAUAUCCUGCAGACCAAAUUUAUGAUCCCUUUUCACCCACAUCUGUUGCACCUCCACACCAGAAAGGUAAUCCUGGAAAAUGAGGGAAUUGAAUAAGACUACUGAUACAAAAUACUGACAGUGAAAAUCUUAGGUAUAUGGCUGCAGUUUUUGGCAGACAGGUGAGACUAAUUUCAUAGAUUGGUAAUGGACACAGUUGUAAAGUCAUGUUAUUUCUAACCAGAAAGUGUGGUUUGCUCCCUUUAAUGACUUGUAUUCCUUUUUAAAUUGACCUUUCUUUUCUGAAUAUCAAUUAUUGAUGCUUGAUUAGGAAUUGAGUUUAAUGAAACUUUGCCAGAAUAUAGUCAUUUUUCCAUCUUA